AUGAGUUCUAUCGAGGAACUUACUUUGGCCUUUUCAAACAUUGGGUUUGAUGAUAACAAGACCAAAGAAAUUGUUAAAAACAAGAAAAUUUCCAAUAACUUGUACCAAUUGAUUACAAUCAAAUCUCACGAAAGCAGCGUCAAUAGUUUAAAUUCACAAUUGGAUUCAGAAUCAAUUCUGAAAUUAUCGCUAAUUGUUGAUGGGAUUUACGAUGAAAGAUUAAAAACAGUUCAACAAAUUAACGCAAGUUUUGAGUAUAUCAAAUCGACAGACUCGCCCACAAGGGAAGAGUUGGAUUCAGAAUCAGGAGUGGGAAUCGAAGUUACAUUGGAUGAUGUUAGAGAAAAAGUGAAAGAGUACAUCAAAGAAAAUUUAGAUGAAAUUAAUGAAAAGAGGUACAGAUUUUUACCAACGAUUAUUAAUUCGGUUAAAAACUUGCCAUCGUUAAAAUGGGCAAAUCCUGCAUCACUUAAACCAGUUAUUGAUGAGGAGAUUUUAAAGGUUUUAGGUCCAAAAGAUGAGAGAGAUAUCAUCAAAAAGGAAAAAGAUAAGAAAAACAAACAAUCUAGUGGUAAGAAUAAAAACAGUAAGAAUAAUAAAAAUAGUAGUAAAGAUGAUAAUAAAAAUGUCACAAAUAACAAGGGUCCAAAGAGAUCAAUGUUCAAUGAAGGAUUUCUUGGAGAUUUGCAUAAAGUUGGAGAAAAUCCACAAAUGUAUCCUGAAUUGACGAAAGAACAUUUAAUCAAAACAGGGGGCAAAGUUCAUACUAGAUUUCCACCUGAACCUAAUGGAUUUUUGCACAUUGGACACUCCAAGGCUAUUAUGGUUAAUUUUGGAUUUGCCAAAUAUCACAACGGUGUUUGUUAUUUAAGAUACGAUGACACUAACCCAGAAGCUGAGGAAGAAGUUUAUUUCAAAAGCAUAUUAGAAAUGGUUGAAUGGUUAGGGUUCAAGCCAUGGAAAAUUACAUAUUCAUCGGAUUACUUUGAUGUAUUGUAUGAAUUUGCAGAAAGAUUAAUCGAGAAUGGGAAAGCGUAUGUUGAUCAUUCUACUGCAGAGGAGAUUAAAGAACAAAGAGGAGUAGUUAAUGGUACAGUUGGAAAUAAAAGAUUUGGUAGUAAGUGGAGAGAUAGAAGUGUUGAAGAAAAUCUCAAGGAGUUUCGUAGGAUGAGAGAUGGAUAUUAUAAAGUUGGAGAAGCCACAUUAAGAAUGAAACAAGAUUUAGAGAAUCCUAAUCCGCAAAUGUGGGAUUUGAUUGCAUACAGAGUAUUAAAUGCUAGUCAUCAUCGAACCGGAGAUAAAUGGAAGAUUUAUCCCACAUAUGAUUUCACGCACUGUUUAUGUGAUAUGCUUGAGAAUAUUACUCAUUCUUUGUGUACGACUGAGUUUUAUUUAUCAAGGGAGAGUUAUGAAUGGUUAUGCGAUGCAUUGAAAGUGUAUAGACCAGCACAAAGAGAAUAUGGAAGAUUGAAUAUUACCGGGACUAUAAUGAGUAAAAGAAAGAUCAGUAAAUUGGUGAGUGAAAAAUAUGUCCGAGGCUGGGACGAUCCGAGGUUGUAUACAUUGGAAGGUAUUAAGAGACGUGGAAUUCCACCUGGAGCGAUUUUGUCGUUCAUAUCGACAUUGGGGGUUACAACGUCUACUACGAACAUCCAAGCGGUUAGAUUUGAGAGCAGUAUUCGAAAGUAUUUGGAAGACAGUACAGCUAGGUUGAUGAUGAUUUUGGAUCCAAUUGAGAUAAUUUUGGAAAAUUUGGAUGAUAAGUAUCAAGAGAAAAUUGAGAUUCCAUUCAAAUCCGGAAAAGGCAAUGAAUUUGGUAGCAGAGAGAUUUUGUUUGGAAAUAAGAUAUACAUUGACAGAAGUGAUUUCCGAGAGCAAGAUGAUAAGGAAUUUUACAGGUUGACAUUGAACCAAAGCGUUGGGUUGAUAAAGGUUCCAUACACUAUUCGAGUGAACCACGUUGAAAAAGACAAAGAAAGGAAAAUUGUCAGGGUUUACUGUCAUUAUGAGAACGAUUUGAGCAAAUUCAAGAAACCCAAGACGUAUAUCCAAUGGAUUCCAGAGAACGAGAAGAUUGGGUCGCCAAUCAGAGUGAAGGAAGUGCGUAUCCACAACCAGCUAUUUAAAAGCGAGAAUCCAUCGUCCAACCCAGAUGGGUUUCUAGCAGACAUCAACCCUGAAUCCGAAGAGGUGAUCAACGGAGCGAUAAUCGAGCCAGCCUUCAAGACAAUCAAGGAGAACAGUCCCUACAACAUCAAGGGCGAGGUUGAGGAGUUCAACGUUGCAGAGAAGCCCAACCAGCCCGAAAGUGUGAGAUUCCAGGCCCUCCGAGUGGGCUACUUCUGCAUGGACAGAGACAGCAGUGGAAGGGACUUGAUUCUCAACCGAAUUGUGUCGUUGAAGGAGGACUCAAACAAGAAGUGA